AUGAUUCCUGUCCCCAAGGAGAAGCUUCCAGGUGGAGGGGGGCUGUGUCUGCUGUCGUGGGAGGGGCCUUCACCCUGCCUGCUGUCCCCUCAGGUGAGCGGCAUCAAGACGCUGUAUGAGUCAGAGCUGGCCGAUGCCCGCCGGGUGCUGGACGAGACAGCCCGGGACCGCGCCCGGCUGCAGAUCGAAAUCGGGAAGCUAAGAGCAGACCUGGAAGAGGCNAACAAGAGUGCUAAGAAGAGGGAGGGCGAGCUCACGGUGGCCCAGGGCCGUGUCAGGGACCUGGAGUCUGUGUUCCACCGGAGCGAGGCGGAGCUGGCUGCUGCUCUCAGCGACAAGCGUGCCCUGGAGAACGACGUGGCAGAGCUGCGGGCCCAGCUGGCCAAGGCAGAGGACAGUCAUGCGGUGGCCAAAAAACAGCUGGAGAAAGAGACGCUGAUGCGCGUGGACCUGGAGAACCGCUGCCAGAGCCUGCAGGAGGAGCUGGCCUUCCGCAAGGACGUCUUCGAGGAGGAGGUGCGGGAGACGCGGCGGCGGCAUGAGCGGCGCCUGGUGGAGGUGGACAGCAGCCGGCAGCAGGAGUAUGACUUCAAGAUGGCCCAGGCGCUGGAGGAGCUGCGGGCGCAGCACGAGGAGCAGGUGCAGCUCUACAAGCGGGAACUGGAGCAGACCUACCAGGCCAAGCUGGAUCAUGCCAAGCUGAGCUCCGACCAGAACGACAAGGCAGCCAGCGCCGCCCGGGAGGAGCUGAAGGAAGCCCGCAUGCGCGUCGAGUCCCUCAGCUACCAGCUCUCCGGCCUCCAGAAGCAGGCGAGCGCAGCCGAGGACCGGAUCCGAGAGCUGGAGGAGACCAUGGCGGGGGAGCGGGACAAGUUCCGGAAGAUGCUGGAUGCCAAGGAGCGGGAGAUGACGGAGAUGCGGGACGUGAUGCAGCAGCAGCUGGCCGAAUACCAGGAGCUGCUAGAUGUGAAGCUGGCCCUGGACAUGGAGAUCAACGCCUACCGCAAGCUCCUGGAGGGCGAGGAGGAGAGGCUGCAGCUAUCCCCCAGCCCGUCGCGGAUCACCAUCUCGCGGGCCACCUCGAGCAGCAGCAGCAGCAGCGUAUCCACAGCCGGGCGCCAGGGCCGCAGCAAGCGGAAGCGGCUGGAGGUGGAAGAGCCGCUGGGCACCGGCUCGAGUGGCCUUGGAUCCGGCAGCAGUAGCAGCGGCAGCUUCCACCUGGCCCAGCAGGCCUCGGCCUCAGGCAGCAUCAGCAUCGAGGAGAUCGACCUGGAGGGCAAGUUCGUGCAGCUGAAGAACAGCUCCGACAAGGAUCAGUCCCUGGGCAACUGGAGGAUCAAGAGGCAGAUCCUGGAAGGGGAGGAGAUUGCCUACAAGUUCACACCCAAGUACGUGCUGCGGGCCGGCCAGACGGUCACGGUGUGGGCAGCCGGUGCAGGGGUGGCUCACAGCCCCCCCUCGACGCUUGUGUGGAAGAGCCAGAGCAGCUGGGGCACGGGCGAGAGCUUCCGGACCGUCCUGGUCAACGCUGAUGGGGAGGAAGUGGCCAUGAGGACCGUGAAGCAGUCGUCAGUGGUGCGGGAGGCCGAGAACGGGGAAGAGGGCGAGGAGGAGGCCGCCGAGUUUGGAGAGGAGGAUCUUUUCCACCAACAGGGGGACCCGAGGACCACCUCUCGAGGCUGCCGCGUGAUGUGACUGAACACGCCUCGUCACACGUCAUUCUUUACCCAGAGCCACUGAAAACUAUUUUUAUAUCGUUGGCUUCUUUAGUCCUUGAUACAUUUCUAGAGAAUUUUUAAGCAAACUGCCAGAGCGUGGGGGGUGGAUCUCCUGUACCCUUUGUCACCACUGUCCAGACUGUCUCGGUGCCCCGUCACCUUUCCAUAGAAUUCGAAGCCCAGGAACCUAGUGCUCACGGCCUGUGGGUUUGGAGGCUGGAGGUUGGGUAGGGGGUCCGGGGGCCUGUCACUGCCUUGGUCUCCGCCACAGCCUGGGGCCAGGACUGGAGAGGAGGCCUUGGGGUGGACAGAGAGCAAAACGGUGUAGGAAUCCAAUAGUUGUUUGUUUCAUUAAGCUUUUGAGAAACCAAAUUCAGAAUCCAGGUUCUGACCUGGUGGGUGAAGAGGCACCCCCGUCGAUGGUGGCUCAGCCGACCAAGGACAGGGACGAGGAGGGGAGCGGUUGGGAAUCGCAGGCUUUGACUGUCUGGCUAGGGCUCCGAUGGGGUGGGCCUCCCCGCUCCUGUCCUGGCUGCUGGAGCCGCACGUCCCACCGCAGGAACUCUGCAGUUGAGUUCCUCCCCCUGGGGGGCAGCAGCGGGGAGCGGAAACGGGCUCGGGGACAGCUCCAUUCUAAGACUUGUCCCCAGGUAGGCAUCAAGGGGACAUGUGACCACCCCGGAAGCAAAUCUUGGACUUCAGGAUAAUGUCCAAGUGUAGCCACCAUAUCCCGCCCUCCCGCCGGGAGGAGGGUGACUGCGGGAUGAGCCAGCGGCCUCCAGUUCUCCAACUCUGCCCUGUGUUCCUACGCGGAUACUGUAUCCUCGCUUCCUCUCUGACUUUAUGCUGAAAUGAUGGUUCUUGGACAGACCUGGUGCCAGUGCCCCUCCCCAGGGGCUCCGUGUCACGGUCUAGCUCCUGGCCGCCGAGACCCUUCCUUGCAUCAGCUAACCUUUAUACCCCUGCCACGUAGAUACACAGAAGUUAUUUUUUUAAUGGAUAUUUAUUUUUUUACAUCGGUCAGUACACAGAUUGCCGGGAUCCCACCUCAGGGGCUCGCUCGUGCCGGGGUCACCAGGACAGUCCCUUGAGGGGGUGGCGUUGGGGUGCCUGCGUCAGUGGGCUCUGAGCCCCCAGAUGGCAAACUUCCUUCAGAAGGUGCAGCUCAAGUCUUAAAGACGCAACGCUGAGCCAAGCAGGCGGCCUGAGUGCCAGCCCCGGGGCUCACCCUAGGCUCGGAGCAGCACGCUGGCCUCCGAGUGUCCCGCUUUCCCUGGGAGGGCACGAGGCCUGAGCCAGGCAGGGAAGUGUCAGUGGCCACAAAACCAGCACUGCUGUGGGUCCAGAAUCUUCCUGCAGCCCCGUGCUCUAAGUCUGGGCAUCCUUCCUUGGCCACCAAGUUCCUGGACUGUGGGCUGUGUUUCCCCUGUGGAGGGAGACAACUCCUCGGGGAAGGUGCAGACACUUGUUUCUGGUGGGCCCCUGGAGAGCUUCCCUGCACUAGCGACACGCCACCCCGUCCCCAUGUGUGACCUUCCCCAUGAGUGCUUCCAAGCCCCCGAGGCCACAGGCUGGCGCCCUUCGCUGCGCUGCGUAGCAGGAACUGAGUGAACAGUAAGGAUCUGGAGCGUGUGAUGAGGUGCUGAGAGGGUGGGUCUAGGUGGCCCUCAGGCACGUGGAAGCUCUGCCCUAGUCUCAGCCACGUCCUCUAGGUAUUUUGGGAAUCUCGGGAUCAAAGCUGUGUCCUGGAAGUUUGGGUCUGUGAGUUGCUGAUGCAAUUUUGCAGGCUUGGCUUGUGGACAGGAAGGAAGAGGGCACCCCCCCACCCCCACCCCAGCAGGCCCAGAGCUGCCCGGGUGUCUGCAGAGCCCACAGGCAGGGGGGUUGUUCCCAGAAGCUGAUUUCUUCCUUGCCUCAAGGCCAGUUCUAGGUCUCACCCCUUGCAGUUAACUGCCUGGCUAAGGUGGAGACUCCAAGUGGACCAGGCAGGGGCUGGGAUGCCCUUGGCUGGUGUGGGGAGGGGGUUCCAGUUGUGGCUGGAGGUUGGUAUGAGUCAUUGGUAACCAAGUAUUUGGGAAAACAGCAGAGUCCAAUAUUAAAAUGUCAGCCUUGGCCUGGGGAACAAUUUGCAUUUGUUAACAAGCAAGCUUAACUCUAAUCCACUUAAAAUAAUGCAGACGUGAGUUUUUUUCUAAGCCCCCAUCUUGUGACUGUAACACCCUCCUAGGGAAAACGCUCGGCCCAGGCCUCGGGAUGGGGCCAGUGAGGCUGCCCUUGGGAGACACCCACACCUUUCCCUGGGACCUGGGCGCUCAGCUGUGCACAACAGCAAGGUUCGGACUUGGGCUGUUUUCACCCACACCCAGCAGUUCUAUUUAUAUCAGCAUAGCCGAGCUGGGACUGACAUUCCUCAAGGACACUAAAGCUACUGGAAAGGUCUUAAUUCCACGCCGGAAGGGGGUCACCAGCACAACAUGCUAGUCGACUCGGCUUCAAGAAGCCGGCUGUCUAGACUCAGUUCACAGAUCUGUUGGUGACUUUUAAGGUGCAUGCCAAAUGUGUGGUCUUUUACUUUCCCUGGUGAUUUGUAAUAUACAUUUUAUGACUGGAAACUUUUUGUACAACACCCCAAUAAACAUUUUGGUUUUAAA